AUGGCACCAAUGAUCUUCAGCGACAAUAAUCCCUUCGCCAUUUUGCCCGAGGAGUCCAUGCACGCCGUGAUCAUCAAAACGGCGGCAUGGACGGGAAUCGCACCAGGCAUGGCCUUGGGAGAGCUGUGGCAGGGCGCCCUGCUUAUUCUCUCCGCAGCGGCUGGCAUCGAGGGUCUUUGCGUGCCGCGCAGCCGCAGAGCAGAACCCGAGGACUUUCACUACGCUGCAGUAGCCAUACAAGGCUUUUCUCUCCUCGGCGUGGUCGACCACUUCCUGGACGCCGUGCUUCUCGAGGCCGCAGAGGUUGGCUGGCCGCUUUAUAUUUCCCGCCUCUUGACCAGUGUCGUUGGCUUCCUAACCGUCGGUGGUGUUGUUCUCAUGUUCUUGGGAAUCUACGCCAAAGAUUUGAUCCACGGGUUUAUGACGCGCCAGGUCUCUUGGUGGCCCUAG